CAAAACAAAAACAUUCAAGUCACAACUGAAAUGGUACAUUAUCUGCCAAAGGGUUGUAGCAUUCCAAACAACCCAACGCCUCUUCCGCGGGAAAGGCCUAAUCUUACAUGCGGAGCAAAAAAUGAACAUCAACCUUUAGUUUUCGGUUCAUCAAUCCUUGGAUCUGAAUCCAAUAUACCCUCUCAGUUCAUAUGGCCUGACCAUGAGAAACCAUGCCUGGAGGCCCCAGAACUUGUAAUUCCAACAAUUGACUUGGGGGUUCUCUUGUCUGAAGAUUCCCUUGCUGUCUCAAAAGCAGCAGAGCUUGUCAAUGAGACAUGCAAGAAGCAUGGAUUUUUCAUGGUUGUAAACCAUGGGGUGGAUUCCGAGCUUAUAGAUAAAGCUUAUCAGUUCAUGGACCUGUUAUUUGGACUGCAACUCUCUGAGAAGCAAAAGGCCCAGAGAAAAUUAGGAGAAAGCUAUGGGUAUGCGAGUAGCUUCGUUGGCAGGUUCUCCUCCAAGCUGCCAUGGAAAGAAACACUGUCUUUUCGAUAUUGCCCUGACAGUCCAAAUCUCGUGGAACAAUAUUUUGUAAAUGUGAUGGGUGAAGAUUUUAGACAUUUCGGGAGGCUUUACCAGGAAUAUAGUGAAGCCAUGAGCAAGCUUUCACUAGGGAUUAUGGAGCUGCUAGGGGUAAGUCUAGGACUUGACAAAGCCUACUUCAGAGACUUCUUCAAAGGAAAUGAUUCAAUCUUGAGAUUGAAUCACUAUCCACCAUGCCAAAAACCUGAUUUGACUCUAGGAACCGGUCCUCACUCCGACCCCACUGCCUUGACAAUCCUCCAUCAGGAUCAGGUGGGUGGCCUUCAGGUGUUAGCGGACGAAAAGUGGCACUCCGUUACUCCCAUUCCAGCAGCUUUCGUUGUCAACAUUGGCGAUACAUUUAUGGCUCUAUCAAACGGCAUUUACAAGAGCUGCUUGCACAGAGCAGUGGUGAACAAGCGAACCGUGAGAAGAUCUCUUGCUUUCUUUCUGUGUCCCACGAUGGACAAAGCGGUAACACCACCAGCUGGUUUAGUGAAUUCCGCAAAUCCAAGGAUAUACCCAGAAUUUACUUGGGCAACUUUGCUCGAAUUUACGCAGAAACAUUACCGUGCUGACAUGAAAACUCUUGAUGCAUUCUCGAAUUGGCUUCAACAACAAGAAUGAGUUUGGGCAACAAAAGUGAAAUAAUUAGGGGGAGACAAGCAUUUAUAUGUUCACUCAUGGUGGGUCUAAGGAAUAGUGCAACAGAAACACCAAAAAGAGGGGCCAGGUUCUUGAUUAUUUGUGAACUAGUAGCUUAUAUAAUUAGUGCUUGCACAGAGCAGAAGAAAUUGUGUAACUCCGUUCUACUAUCAAGCAAAAGUAAAACAGACCUGUCGAUCCUCCAUAUCUAGCUAACUGUUAACCCAAAAUCCAGGGAAU